UCCAUCUAAACCAGAGUGAAUUGCAACUAUAGCUCUAAACAAAACACUGACUGCAGAAAUGCAUUCCUUUGUUGGCUUGUUUCUCUCUGCAUUACUUAUCUUUUCAGCAUCUGCUGCUAAUCUCUAUCAGCAAGAUGAGUCUGAGUUUGCUGCUGCAGAAGAAGAUGAGUCUCAAUUUGAUGACAUGGAAAGUGAGGUUGACGAUCAGCAGACCCAAGCAAUGACACAAAUGGAAGCCUUUUUGAAUGUGAUCCCAAAAGUCCAAGAACCCUCUGGAUCUCAAGAUCUCUCCAAGGUUCAAGCUACAAUCACCGAAUCUAUUUCACUACCUCGUUUUUUCGUUGGAAGGUCUGUAGAGGUGAGGUACAUUACUCCAAGCACUGGUCGCCCCACAAUGGAUCUUUAUGACGCACAUGGUAACAUCCUUCUUCAUGUUAAUCCUCGUUGGGACACUCGUGCCUUUGUCCUCAAUACAUUUCAUAACAAGCGUUGGGGACGUGAAGAGAGACCAAGUGGGUUUGAUUUCACCUCUGGUGUUCCUAUCACCGUAAGGGUCGAGGCACUUCACUCUCAUCUUGCUAUUCUUGUCAAUGGACGUAUUCUUCAUUACUACAAGCACAGGCUUAAUAUCAGCACUCUGCGCCACAUUAUCUUUCAUUGGGGAGGUAGCAGUUUCAAACCAGCUAAGCUGAUCAGCCUCAGUGUUUACUAUUGAGAAAAAACUCAGAACUUGAACUCUUUUUUGUAGCAAGAGUACAUUAGGUAUACUCUUAGUAUUAGCAGGAGUGUAUUGAACUUUUUUUGGUAGUAUUAGCAAGAGUACAUUAUGUAGCUAUCAUUGUAGUUGCUCAGUUUGAUAAUAAUUAUUAUGAUAAUAAAUUUUA